AGAGCAAACGCAAUGGAGAGAGUGAGAGAGAGAGAGUGAAGUGCUGAGUAAUUCCACUCAGACAGGCGUCUCGAAUCCAUGGAGGACCUGCGAAGAUAAAGGAGAUACACCAUGUGUACAAGAGUCAUUUGUGUGUGAAACAAAAAACAAAGAAAGGACAAACAAGAGACAGUCGAGUAAUUAAUUCACCUGAGGAAAAAAACAGAAAGCAAGAAAAACAAUGUUUACCUAAACUAAAGUCAACACUUGGAGGUGGCGGAGUCCCAGUGCGGAUAUUUACCUUCUGGAAUACAUUUAAUACAAACACUUCACACUUGGAAUACAGGAAGGUCAUGACCCAGAUGCCAUGCGGAUCACCACGGUGACCGGCCUUCCUAACCCCGCCCCCUUCUUUUUCCUAUUGGCCCAGCUGCUGUUUUGGCUCCUCCUCCUGGGCCAAGACAUCGUAGGAGCCACGUCGACCUGCCCGACACCUUGCAGCUGCUCCAAUCAAGCGAGCCGAGUGAUCUGUACAAGACGAAACUUGGAUGAGGUUCCGGAAAACAUAUCCAACAACACGCGAUACCUCAACUUACAGGAGAACUCGAUACAGGUGAUAAAAUCAGAUACCUUCAAGCACUUGCGACACUUGGAGAUCCUCCAGCUUUCCAAGAACCAGAUUCGUCAGAUUGAAGUCGGUGCAUUCAAUGGCCUCCCGAACCUCAACACUUUGGAACUGUUUGACAACCGUCUCACACUGGUGCCAUCACAAGCGUUCGAGUAUCUCAGCAAGCUCCGGGAGCUCUGGCUUCGAAACAACCCCAUCGAGACUUUGCCAGGGUAUGCCUUCCACCGUGUGCCCUCCCUUCGUCGCCUCGAUCUGGGUGAACUCAAAAAACUGGACUACAUUUCAGAUGCUGCCUUUGUCGGCCUUGUCAAUCUGCGUUACCUGAACCUAGGCAUGUGCGGCCUGAAGGACAUCCCCAACCUGACACCUCUGAUCCGCCUGGAGGAGCUGGAGCUCUCUGGAAACAGGCUGGAAAUCAUAAGACCUGGAUCGUUCCAAGGCUUGGAGUCUUUGCGCAAACUAUGGCUUAUGCACUCCCAGAUGUCUGUCAUUGAACGAAAUGCCUUCGAUGACCUCAAAAGUCUGGAAGAGUUGAAUCUAUCCCACAAUUCCCUGCACUCACUGCCCCAUGAUCUCUUCACGCCAUUGCAGAAGCUGGAGAGAGUGCACCUCAACCACAAUCCCUGGGUGUGUAAUUGCGAUGUGUUAUGGCUUAGCUGGUGGCUGAAAGAGACUGUACCAAGUAAUACAACUUGCUGUGCCCGGUGCCAUGCACCACCCUUCCUGAAGGGCAAAUACAUUGGAGAGCUGGACCAAACCCACUUCACAUGCUAUGCCCCUGUUAUUGUUGAGCCCCCCACUGACCUCAACGUGACUGAAGGCAUGGCUGCUGAGCUCAAGUGCCGUACUGGAACCUCCAUGACAUCUGUAAACUGGAUUACACCCAAUGGAACCCUGAUGACCCAUGGAUCAUACCGCGUCCGCAUCUCUGUGCUACAUGAUGGAACUCUGAAUUUCACAAACGUCACCUUGCGCGACACUGGUCAGUACACUUGCAUGGUGACCAACUCAGCUGGCAACACCACAGCAACUGCCGUCCUGAAUGUCACUGCAGCAGAUACCAGUGUCAAUUACACCUACUUCACUACCGUCACUGUUGAAACUGUAGAAUCCACAGGAGAAGAGGAUUCAGCCCUACGUGUGAUCAACGAGACUAUUAUCCACAUCCCUGGUCCUACACCAUCUGGACGUCUCUGGCAUGAUGGCAUCCCAACAACAGCUUCCUCUGUAUCAGUUUUUGGAUCCUCAUCUUCUCCCCGAGCAACCAAACCCACAUUUACUGUCUCGGUCUCUGAGCCAAGCUACCCCACUGGGCUGGAUGAUGUAAUGAAGACUACCAAGAUCAUCAUUGGCUGCUUUGUGGCAAUCACCUUCAUGGCAGCUGUCAUGCUGGUGGUCUUCUACAAGCUGAGGAAGCAGCACCAGUUGCACAAACACCACGGACCAGCAAGAGCCAUAGAGAUUAUCAAUGUAGAGGACGAGCUCGGAGCCAGCGCCAGUGUCCGUGGAAGUGGAAUCUCUGGUGGUUCCACCAUGCCCCAGGCUGGAUCCAGUGGAGGAAGCCAGAGCCUGAGGCUGCAUCAUCCAGAGAUUGUCAACCUGCCCAACCUGGCUCGGACGGAGCACCUUAACCACUACUACAAGCCUCACCAUUUCAACAACAACAUGAUGAGUUUGGGGCUCUCUGGAAGCUCUGGGAUCGGCCUCAACAACAACAACAACCCUUGUUCCCAGGCCCAACCCACACCGAUCUCCUGUUCCCAGGUGCCCGUCUCAGUGAGCUCUAUUCCGUCCUCAAUGCCCCUGCCUACCCUAGGCAUCCAUGGAUCACUCAAAGGCCUAAUGGGUAAAGGGCAGAACCCUCAAAUCGAGCCUUUACUCUUUAAGAGUGGCUCCAAGGAGAAUGUCCAAGAGACUCAAAUCUGA